AUGACGUCCUCGAAGCUUCUAUCCCGGGCGGGGACAGAAGCCCAAGCGCGACGAGGAGCCAGAGGAUGUCGCAUUCAGCAGGAAGCUCAGUUCAUCGAGGAGAAGAAGCCCUCUUGGGACGCCGUCGCCAUCAACCCCCCUUACGUUCUUGGUGAGAUCAUCCACCAGUGCGACAAGCCCGAGUCCCUCAACACCUCUGUCGCCGCCUUCUACGAGUAG